UCAGGCCAACCUAUGGGUAGCCAAAACUUUAGUAGUACAUACCUAUCAAACGCUAGCCUGGAGUACUUGACGACUUUAACCUGUCAGCUAUAGACACACGUUGUCCUCGGUAGUGUUAUCAGGAUUUACAAGCACCAGCCCCCUUCCUUUUCUCUCCCCUUUUCUGUUUUGGCGCCAUUGGUUGUUGGUUUAUAUCGUCUUAUCCUUUAGCUAUCUAGUCGUCUUGAUCGCUUCGUGACAUAAGCUCUCUCCUUAACCACCCCUCAUUUAUGACGGCGGGCAGCAUAGUAACGCUUCUUUUACGAUAACCUAGCCUACCUAAUGAUAAUAUAUCUAACAUAUUCCAGACCCUGGUACUUCAUAUUUGCAUUGCAUCUACGAUCUCUCGAAUCUUUGCAUCUCAAUACUCUCGAGGACAUUGAUGACAAGCAUGGCUUUGGGUUUUGAACGACGACGGUUAAAUAGUCAGCCAACCAUGGCCAACCACUUAGAUGACGCCAACGACCCAUGUCGGCCAGCAACUGCGCAGGAGAAGGAAAGCUGGAAUGGCUUUUGUGAGCUGGAGUCUGAGCCUGCUCUUUUCAAUGUGAUGCUGCGAGAGUUCGGGGUGAAAGGCGUCAAAGUGCAAGAAGUUGUAUCACUAGAUGAAGAGAUGAUGGCAUUCUUGAACAAGCCUGUUUAUGGUUUGAUCUUCCUGUUUCGUUGGAGGGAAGAUGACCCCGAGAAGCAAGAAGCGAGCUGCCCAGAAGGGCUUUGGUUUGCAAAUCAGACUGCCAGCAAUGCUUGCGCUAGUGUGGCCCUACUAAAUAUCGUCAAUAAUAUAGAGGGCAUCGAGCUCGGGGAUAACCUACAGCAUUUCAAGGACUUUACGAUGCCGUUUACUCCUGCGCUUAGGGGAGAUGCGAUCAGUAAUUUUGAUUUUGUCAAACGAAUACAUAAUUCAUUUGCAAGGAAGAUGGAUAUGCUCAAUUCAGAUUUUCAACUAAAACAUGAGGCGACAUCAAGGCGUUCUCGUUCAAGUAAGGGCAAUCACGAUGAAUCUGAAAUAGACGCAGGGUUCCACUUUAUCGCGUUUGUCCCUGCGUUGUGGAAAGUCUGGAAGUUCGAUGGCCUGGAACGCCAGCCCCAGGCACUCGGACACUGUACCCCCGAUGAGGAUUGGUUGGGCAUGGUAAAACCGCACCUUAUCACCAGGAUGACUGAAUAUGAAGAAGAUCAGAUUGAAUUCUCAAUCCUCAGUCUCGUUAGGGACCCGCUUGUAGACCUUAUUGGUAAACUAGCCGUCAAUAUAAAGUGUCUGGAGAUGCUUAAUCAGCGCUUAACUACCCAAGCUUCUGCAGUGGCCCACCCAGAAUUGCCUCUUGCAAGCUCUAUCCUUGAAAACACUAUUCUGGGGCCGGACAAGUCCUUUGAUAUGACAAGGGAGUCUAUCGACCAGGCUAUUGUUCCGGUGGUAUUAGAGAGGUACAAUUUGUUGUCCACGCAAGAAAUCGUCGAGUUCAAACAGAAGCUGUGCAAUGAACAGCAGGUGUUACGAGCUGCGAUUCGGGACGAGCAGCAAACCCAGCGGGCGGAUGACGACUAUGCGGCGGGGAGGAGGUACGAUUACGGGCCAGCUAUAAGAACAUGGUUGCGAUUCCUGGCCCGGAAAGGAGUGGUUGAGAGUUUAAUACCAGUGGGAGAGGUAUGAUACAGCGAGUGGGUUGUUCAAUGUGGGAGUGUCUUUCUUACCGUCGACGAUAGGUCAUUUACUGGUAAUGGUAAUAUGGUAUCAAAUGAAAUGGUAGGCCAGAACAGGAAAAGCCCAAAUUUGUUACUAAUGUACC